AUGGAGGACAUGGACGAAGCACCAACAGCAGCUGAAUACUGUGUCACCCGACUGGAGAAAGAUAGCGACAUUACUUGGCUCUAUGGCCCAUGGAAGUCCACUGAUCCGUCACAUAAUCCACACGCGGCGCGAGCGGCAGCAUCCCAAAUAUCCCACGAAUGCUCAGAGUUGCGAUCUGCCAUCAGACCAGCGCCAAAACGAAGGGCACAGCUGUUUUUCGCAUUCUGUACACCGCUUGGCCCCGAAAGCCCGACAAAUGGACCACUUGUCCUUGAAAAAGAGGUUCUCAAAACUGGUGGCGUUUGGGCAUGGUCCAGAUUGCCUUGUCCCCAAUACCCGCUGUCGCGUAUGGCUGCGUCCGCAACCCGCUUCACAAGGGAGUGGUCCAGGCGUAUCUGGCCCCAGUUUCCGUCAAAGAAUCUCGCAAAGGUCCACUUUGACCUGGAAGUUCGACAGUGCAUCGCUUUAGAUUCCACACUCACGCACAACACAGCCUAUGAUGAAAGCUCUCCCAUCCGGAGUCCCCUCGGAGGAUUUGACGACGCUUUUCGCCUCCCUGGGGAGAAUUAUUUGUUCAUGGACAGCAGUUUAUUUCAUGAAAAGAGCCGGGGACAGACCAUCACACAACUGCCGUCUACUGGACUCAAGUCAUCUCAUGGGCCCAUCGAGCCUCGCCAAGAAGGGGCUGAUAACAGGGAUACAGGGGACGACAUUUUCUUCAUUUAG